AUGCUACACCGAGUGCCAGGCAGCCUACUUAUUUCCAUGGAAACUGGACAGCCGACCAUGACUGCGAUCUUCGGAAAAACUGCAAACGAAGAUCUCUUCUCAGUAAAGAACGUCUCUUGGCUGAACCAUAGCCCAAGGGCAUAUAAGUUGAAGAUCCUCGAUCAUAACUGGGAGAAGCUCGACUUAAUGAUUCAUCCUUGCGACCCUUUAACAUGGAGGGAGUUAGAUGGAAGAACCUUUAUGUUCAAGACAGAUCACCGACCUGCAGCUCGAUAUCUUUAUUAUCAUUACUGUGUCCAGAUAUUACGGCAUGCGUGGCAGCACACAAUGGAUGGACGAUCUACCAUUGCAUCCCAAGUCCUUCGCGAUGAGACUGCAGGAUCGUAUUUGCCGAAAAGUAUGCUUUUGGCUUUCGUUCAGGAACUCAGACAUGAGUAUGAGGAUCUUCUUGAAGGAGCUUCGAGAGAGAGAACAGAUCCGAUUCGGAUACGCUCAUACAGGUGGAAAAAUCUCAAAUAA